AUGGGUGCUAAUGUGGCGGCUCCCGGAGGUCAACUAGUUAGCGCCGCAGGUCGGACCAACCUUGCGCUAUCCGGAACCCGUCCGGGAAUAAACCCCUCAACGCCGGUGACAUCGCCACAAACAGCCAUUAUGACCACUUCAACAAUAUCCUCAAGCGCCUCCGGCGGUGGUACGGAGAAGUCCGACUUGGUGAGCGGCUCGAAUGCGCUAGACAACCGUCUGGUUGUCGGCUCCAGUGUUGAAGGCGGCAAUGACGGCACUUUGAAACCUCGUAGUUUGCGUUUCACAUGGACUAUGAAAACAACCUCCACUAAGGAUCCGACAGUGAUGCUUAAAGAAAUUAAGAAGGUGCUAACUGAGCAAAACUGCGAAUACGAACAGCCGGAAACCUACCUCCUUGUCUGUCGUCAUGGCGAUCCGGAGGCGGACACGUGCGUGCAGUGGGAGAUGGAGGUGUGUAAACUCCCGCGACUCUCCAUGAACGGAGUGCGGUUCAAGCGUAUCUCAGGCACAGCCAUUGGAUUCCGCAACAUUGCUACGAGAGUGUCUGAUGCACUGCAGCUGUAA